GGCGGAUUUAUCCCGCUCAAGAUAAGGAAAGUGGAGUAUUAUUCCGUAUAAUUUUUGCUAACUACUCCGUGAUAGUCUAAUCCGGACAUCUAAUCUAAAACAGGAGUAAUUCAGAUUAGAGGACUUUUGAGUCUUUGACUCGGGAUUUUAGGAACCCUGGAAAGAAACCGCCGGGCACUCGCUCAUCUAAGACAUCGACUACUUGACUCCGGCGAAGCCAACUCGCAAGUCGCCAAAGCCGCCCGCACGGCUGCCUCCGAUUCAUAUUUAUAUCUAGCGCGCAGCUCCUUCCUUCCUUCCUUCCAAGUACUCCCAUUCGCGUAACCAGAAGACUCAGAUUGAGAUGAUGCUGACCUCCAAUUCCAUUCGCUCUCUUCCCCGGCGGCCUCUCCUCUCCUCUUCAGGUCCUAAUUUAAGGGUUCCAAAAUUUGAUCCGAAGCUCAUUUCUCUUGCCCCCCAACGUUCUAUAUUCUGCCAAACCCAUCUACAGCUUUCUAGAAAGAACGGGAGAAUAUCAUGCUUUAGGAAAGAAGAAUAUUCUCACGGCGACUCCCAUUAUGAAUUGAAUGAGCAGGUUUUACAUGAAGAGCAACACAUAGUGUCUGAAAGUGAUAAUUUAAGCGUUGAGAAAAGAGACUGGAUUUCAUUUAUUCUAAAGGCUCCAGAUGCAUUGCGUAGAGUGAUUGGAGAACCCUGGAAUGUCCCAUGGUCGGCAGAGACAAUUUUUCAGGUAAGAUUCUUGAGAUAUAUCAUGAUAUCAGGACUUUCAGGUUAUGUAUGCUGCUUAUGAAUAUAAAAGAAGCUUUCUUGGAGCACUAACGAUCCUCAGUUGAAAUAUUUCACUUCAAUAUUUUUGCAGUGGAUAUCUUCAUUAUUUUUACAUGACAAUUUUACAGUUCCUGUCAUAUUUUUACUAAAUAAGUGUGUUUUCUUAGUGGUCUUUAUUAUCUUUUACAUGUGUCAGAAGACAUGUACAUUGUCUGUGGACUGAAUUGCUAUAUCCAUAUUGUGCUACCCUUUUUUGUAUUUCAUAUUUACAAUUCCCAAGUUUGAUGUGCUACUCUUCUUGGUUGAAGUUUGUGUUUGCAAUGCCUUUAACACUCUCUGCUUCUCACUACAUAUUCUUCUGUGUAUAACUGGUGUAAUCGACCAAUCGUACCCAUCUAGUAAAAGCAGUUAUAUAGUUCGAAAAAACAAUAACUGGUCAAAAACUUGUUUCUGUAUUUCCUUGGCAAUGAUUUUGAGAUAGGUACAAGUGUAUCAGGAAUCUUUUUUUAUGCCAGUCUUGUCCCUUAAUAGAGGAAUUUAAAGUUGUUUUGACAACCGCACAUGUUAAUAGACUAACACAUUUUAAACAAUGGUUUUAAUGAUCUUGCAGGUCAUGCUCCUUUGGAUUGCAUCUUUCUGGUUUAUUGGUUCAUGGAUGAUUCCAUUUGGAGCACACAUGAUGGGAUUCAAUAAAGAAUCACUUACAUUUAGAGGACAGGCUUUGUUCAGCCUACUGACUGAUAUAACUGAGGGCCUUGCUGGAAUUUUGAUUCUUCGGCGAUGCUUAUCUCGUUUUCGCCCGCUUCCACGUGAUUGGUUUAAAUUUAGCAUGAAAGGAAACUGGCUUCUUGAUUUAAUCUUGGGAUGCUUCAUGUUUCCACUUGUAAACCGCCUGUCACAACUUAACCUCAACCUACUUCCUGUGCUACCUACUACUCCUGUGACACUCUCUAGUGUUGAGCAAUCCAUAAUGGCGAGAGAUCCUGUGGCUAUGUCACUCUAUGCAUUAGUACUGGUUGUGUGUGCUCCUAUGUGGGAAGAAGUUGUAUUUAGAGGCUUCCUUCUUCCCUCAUUGACAAGGUACAUGCCGGUAUGGUGCUCAGUUCUUAUAAGUUCAAUCGCCUUCGCUUUGGCCCAUUUUAAUGUACAGAGAAUGUUACCCCUAAUGUUUCUUGGGGUUGUUAUGGGUAUUAUAUACGCUAGGUCCAGGAACCUGCUACCGUCCAUACUCUUGCACAGUAUGUGGAAUGGCUUUGUGUUCUUAGAUUUGAUGAAGUAACCAAAUCCUUGCAUUACCAAGUGUGUUGUAUAUAGUGAAACUCUCCGCCUUCAGCAGCUUUUACCAGAAGACAUAGGAUUGAGUUUGUUAAUUAUUCAGUGGAAGACAUUCUUUUAUCUGACAAAUCUGUUGCAGAGAGGAGGAUUGAGUAACAUCGUGUUGUGGGUCAUCAGUUGAAGAUUGGAGAGAGUUUUUUGUAUGUAGAGUGGACAUGCAUUGUUUUAAUUGGUGUCAUAAUAAAACUUAUAUUGUUUAACUUGAUUGAAGCUAAUUAUAUCCCAUUCUAUGAGAUUGCAUGAUAAAAACCUCGAGUUUCAGGCC